CAGUCUAAGCCUAGAUCAUCUCAUAUCAGCAUGGAAAAACAUGAGCUUUCAGAGAGUUUCAUCAAGUCUUUUUCAAAUAUAGCCGUCAAUAAAGAGGAGAAUGGAAAUGAAGACAAAAAGAGAGGCUCUUCAAAAAAGAAAAUAACUGGAAAAAAUAUUAGUGUGCAACCUCAUGACGCUAGCGAAAGAAAUGCAACCGUAUCAGAUUCCGAGUGGUUGACUACAACUGACACGUCCGUCCAUUCAUCUCCGAGUGCUGAUGAGGAAGUGCCAAACGAUGUGCUAGAGAAGUGUGAUGGACUGGAUGAGCUGAACCUAUCGUCUCCUGAUACUAAGAGAGAACAAAGAGGACGUCGUGGCAGAGGCAGAGGUCGUGGGUUUUAUAGAGUCAACAGUAGAAAAUCUGCUCCAGCAAGACCAAUACAAGAGUCAUCAAGUUCAACCGGAUCUUCUGAUUCCGCUUCUUCUUCUGAUUCCGAAGAUGAAACUACCUCUGAAGACACCUCAGACUCAGACUCAGAAUCUACCCUGGAGAGUGGAACUAGCUUGUCUGGAAGUGAGGAUUCUCAGACAACUUACACAUCUCACUCGACCAACUCAGAAUCUGAAGAUUGUGACGACAGCUGUUCAUGUUGCUCUUGCUCCUGUUGUGAGGAUUCUUCAGUCUCUUCUACCUCUUACGAGUCAACUGAUGAUCUGACUGAUCUUCCCCGAGUGAAACGUGGAGGUCGUCUAGGCUCCAAGGGUAGCAAGAAGGUGGCUCAACACUGCGCUCAGUCUUAACUCAUUAGCCUUAAAGGCAAUGUUGAGGCUUACAGAUGUUUGUAUUUUUAAAAUUUUAAGAUAUGCUGAUUACUUCAAGGUGUCACAUUGAUUUUAGAAUGAGUUAAAAACAAUUUUAGCUUUAAGAUUAGGCUGUGGUUUUUCAAAAUUUAUGCAUUUUCCCAAAUUUAGAAUUUUAAAAUUAGAUACAUAAAAAAAUACAAAGUCAUAAUGCAAAGAAGACUGUUAUAGUAUGAAUGAUGGAGACAAAUAAAAUGAUAAAGGUAUGCUUUAAUUUUGUGGUCUACGAGUUUAAGCUAAUUUUAAAUUAAUUAAGGAUUAUCAGUUAAUAAUGCAUGUGUGAUAAAUGUAAUUUAUAAAAUUAUUGAUUCUAAGAUAUUUAUAAAAGACGCUUGCAAUUCUUUUCUUUAUAACGUUUGUAAAUUGCAAGUUCUUAGAAAUAUUUCUGUAUUGAAAAUUAUAGUAUAAGAUAUUAUUAAGGAAUGUUAUUACAAGUUUUAAAGAUAUAUUCAGACUUUGAAUCCUAUGUUGAAAAUACAU